AACAAAAUUUUGCUCUUUGCUUGUUCUACGCGCGAUAUAGCCUACGGCUGUUUUGCGGGUAUAAAUUAUACAAAUUUCAAUAAAAAAAACUAUAUUAACAAUCAAACAUACUUAUACAAAUGAAUAUAAUUUCCAAGAGAAUAACAAAAAUAUGUUAUAUGAUACAAACCAUCUUUCGGCAUAGCUAAAUGCCUUGAGGCUAUUUGCACAGAUCGAAAAAAAACUUCAGCUUUUAAAGAAUAGAAGAUUUUUGUUAUUCGCAGAAUAUUACGUGUCAAUCGACAUUAGGACAAGAAUAGAGAAGAUUCGCACAAGUUAAAUUCUUCCUUAUCCAUCGCAAACAUAAAUUAUCACCACAAUGGGCAACAUAGUUCCUGAUUUGAUUAUCUGUUGUUUAAUCCUAGUCUCUUUGCUAGUGAUACAUUUCUUUUCGGAUUUGAUGCGUGUCAGCUUAGGUGGAUAUUAUACACAGAAAACAUUGUCACAGCUGGUAGAAUCUCAAGCUAAAGAAUAUUCCUGGUUUCUGAAGCUCACAGUCAAUUGCUUUGGUUAUAGCUGUGUUUUUGUACCUGGUUACCUAAUCUAUAAAUAUGUCAAUCGUACAAGUUAUUUGGAAAAAACAAAUCCAACAAUAAUCCAUUCAGCUGUACGAAUGUGCAUCACUGGAACCGUUCACAAUGACAGCGAACGCACUGAUACUUCACAAACAAAGACUCCUUCGGGGCUGUCAUCGCCAGCAACUGGCAGCACCAUUAAACGCACAAGUUCUCAAGAAGCCGUAUUGCUCACAUAUUGUUUUGCUGGCCUCAUGUGUUCCUACCUAACAUGGGGUGUACUUCAAGAGAAAAUCAUGACUCAGGAGUACGUAAACUUCGAAGGCAAAACCUCUCAUUUUAAAGAUUCACAAUUUCUUGUGUUUGCAAAUCGUUUAUUGGCCUUCAGCAUAGCUGGCAUAUGCAUUCGAAUGAGACAAGAGCCACGCCACCGAACUCCACUGUAUAAAUAUUCCUUUGCUUCAUUUUCGAAUAUCAUGAGUGCUUGGUUUCAAUACGAAGCAUUGAAAUUUGUCAAUUUUCCAACUCAGGUUCUGGCAAAAUCGUGUAAAAUCAUUCCGGUGAUGUUGAUGGGAAAGAUCAUGUCACGCACAAAAUACGAAUGCUAUGAGUACCUGACGGCAGUAAUGAUAUCAGUAGGAAUGAUAUUCUUUAUGACUGGCAGUGCAGAAGAUAAUCGAGUUUCAUCAGUAACAACAAUUACGGGAGUAUUUCUUUUGGCAAUGUACAUGGUGUUUGAUAGUUUUACAACGAAUUGGCAAGGAGCUUUAUUCAAAGCGUAUUCCAUGUCACCAAUUCAAAUGAUGUGCGGAGUGAAUUUAUCGAGUACGAUAUUUACAGCAGCAUCUCUUUCAAUGCAAGGAGGAUUUAUGGAUUCAUUGACUUUUGCCACAGAACAUCCAAAGUUUAUAUUUGAUUGCAUAGUCCUCUCGAUAAGUUCAACAAUUGGACAGCUGUUUAUCUUUUACACAAUUUCUGUGUUUGGACCUGUUGUGUUCACCAUCAUCAUGACUUUACGACAGGCCGCUGCUAUAUUGCUUUCCUGCGUCAUCUACAACCAUAGCAUAUCAGUUUUAGGCGUUUUUGGAGUAUUGAUAGUUUUCCUUGCUAUAUUUCUCCGAGUGUAUUGUAACCAAAGAAUAAAAGCAAUUCGUAGUCGAGCUGAGGCUUUACGUCCUAAAUUAUCUGUCUAGUAUGUCUUGCAUGAUAUGAUAACGAUAUGAUUCAAAACACUUGAAUUGUAUGUUUCUCGAGUUUGUUAUAAUAUAUCUGUAUAAUGUAACUAUAUGUAUAAGUAAUCGUAGUGCUUCUGUAGAUAGACUGUUGUUUAUAUUUUAUAUUUAACGUAUAAAUAAGUGUCAACGAAAUACCGAACGAAAAUAUUGUAAAAUGUUUAAUGCUUAAUUUAUUUACUUAACACACACAGAGUCUCUCGGUAAUAACUUAAUUCAAAUUAAUUC